AUGGAAGAUUUCUCGAAACGUCUCUUGGAAAUACUGAACGAUGGAAUGCUCUCUGUUGGACUUGUCAUGGGACAUGAGCUUCAGUUAUUCGAUGCUCUUGCAGCUGUAUCAUCAGAGAAAGAACCAGCCACUUGCACAACAAUUGCUGAAAAAGCCGAUAUGAAACAAAGUUAUGUACGCGAAUGGUUAUGUCUUAUGGCCUGUGGUAAAAUUGUUGAGGUGGAUGAGAGUGGCGAAAAAUUCUGGAUCAAAGAGAAUCGCGUUGGAGAUCUUUGUGGCGAUAAACCGAAUAUAUUGCUUGUCAUCCAACGAUUUGUUGUUGCGUGUGCUAAAGCGUAUCCUACUGUCAUCGAUCUCUUCAGGAAAGAUGGACCGCCAGAGAUGGGCAGCAACAUGUUUGAUGAAUUUGAUAAAACGAUGAUAUCAAUUUCGGAAGCUGCUUAUAGAGGAAAUAUUAUCAGUAAAUUUGUACCUGUAACAGAGAUGCAAGACAAACUGGAGGAAGGUGGAAUUCAGGUUCUUGAUGUACGUUGUGGUCGAGGAAUGCAUAUUGCAGAAUUAGGAAGUCGUUAUCCAAAAUGCUUUUUCACGGGAAUCGAUCUUUCACUCGAUGCUGUUGUUGGAGCGAACAAGAAAAGAGAUGAAGCUAAUGCUGGCCUCGAUAAUGUGUCAUAUAUGCAAAUGGAUGAUCAGAUGAUGAAGGAUGAAUGGACAGAAAAGUUUGAUUGGGUGAUGAUGUUUGAUGCUUGCCGCAACCAAAUGAAACCUGAUCACUGCUUGAAAGAGAUAUAUCGGGUUCUGAAACCAGAUGGUCUGUUUUCGAUGAUUGGAACGGAUGGUACAGGAAAUAUUUAUAAAGAUAAAGAAAUGGAUAUAUCCACAUACAUGUAUGGCGUGUCACUGUCACAUUUCCUUCCCGUAGCAAUGAAAUCUGAAGGUGCAUUGGGACUUGGUGCAAUGUGGGGACGUGAAAAAAUUAAACAGUUGCUUGGUGAUGCUGGCUUUGAGAAAGUUGAAAUUCGUCCAAAUCCGUUUUCAAAUUCUCAUUUGAACAUUCUCUAUUUAUGCCGCAAAUGA